UCUAAUCCAAGACGGAAAGAGAGAAGCCAUAAUGGAUCUCCUCUCUAUCCUAACACUAACAGCAAUCGUAACCCUACUUUUGUCCCUACUUGUAUGGAUCAGAGCUCAGAAAAACUCACCAAAUCACACAGCCAAAGGCAUGGUAGCACCAGAACCUUCCGGAGCCUUACCCUUAAUAGGCCAUCUUCAUCUUCUUGGAGCUCAAGCUCCUCUCGCCCACACCUUAGGUUCUUUUGCAGACAAGUACGGCCCCAUCUUCACCCUCCGUCUCGGAGCCUUCCCUGCUCUCGUCGUUAGCAGCCAAGACGCCAUUAAAGACUGCUUCACCACCAACGACAAAACCCUAGCCGCUCGCCCAAGGUCCAGCCAUGGCGUCUACCUCAAUUACAACUAUGCCUCAUUCGGGUCUGCGCCAGACGGCCCGUAUUGGCGCAAAUUGAAGAAGCUCAUCAUGCUCGAGCUCCUGUCAACUCGAAGACUCGAAUCGUUGAGGCAUAUAUAUGAAAGUGAGAUUUAUGAUUUCAUCAGUGACUUGUACUCGUAUCUCGGAGAUGGUAAUAAGGGUAAGGUUGUGAUUAGCGAGUGGUUGGAGAGAUUGACUCUGAACAUAAUCACGAGGAUGAUUGCAGGGAAGAGGUAUUUUGGGAAUUUGAAGGAUGUGGAUGAUGAAGAGGCACGUAGGGUUGUGAAGCUUAUAAAGGAUUUUAUGCAUAUUUCUGGGGACUUUGUUCCUUCAGAUUUGAUUCCGUUUCUGGGAUGGUUUGGUGGUGAAGGGAAAGUUUUUAGAUCGAUGAAGAAGAUUGCAAAUGAUUUGGAUUGUCUUGCGUCGAGUUGGAUUGAAGAGCAUCGUGUGAAGAAGAAAGAGUUCAGUGAGAAGCAGGAUUUCAUUGACUUGAUGCUUUCUGUGAUUGAAGACGACGAGUACUCUACCUUUGGCCAUGCACGUGACACCAUCAUCAAAGCAAAUGUUCUUAAUUUGAUCUUAGCUGGAGCAGACACAACCUCCAUCACCUUGACAUGGAUCCUAUCAUUAUUGGUGAACAAUAAGCACGUCCUGAAGCUUGCCCAGGAGGAGAUUGAUCGUCACGUAGGCAAGAAAAGAUGGGUCCAAAUCUCAGAUAUCAAAAACCUAAUUUACCUUCAAGCCAUUCUCAAAGAAACCCUAAGAUUAUACCCUCCAGCUCCUCUCUUAGUCCCUCAUGAAGCAACCCAAAACUGUUAUAUUUGCGGCUAUUACGUCCCAAAAGGCACCAGAGUGUUUGCCAACAUAUGGAAACUCCAUAGAGACCCGACCAUUUGGUCGCAGCCUGAAAGAUUCAUGCCUGAGAGGUUCAUUACAGAGAAAGGAGAUAUUGAUCAUGAAGGUCACCAUUUUCAGUACCUUCCUUUUGGGCUUGGGAGAAGGGCUUGUCCUGGUUCGAGUUUAGCAAUGCAAGUGAGUGUGUUGACUCUUGCUCGUUUGCUUCAAGGGUUUGAGUUGGAGAGCGUAGGUCAUGAACCAGUGGACAUGAAAGAAGGUGCCAGCUUUACUUUGCCGAAGGCAAUUCCAUUGGAGGUUGUGCUAACUCCACGUCUUUCGUCUCAUCAAUAUCAGAUGUUAUUGUCCAAUAAUUCUUAACCUUAUUUUGCAUUCAACUCUUCGAAAAUAAGCAAAGUACGUUGUACCAGUAAUUAAUUAUUACCUUUAUUCUAA